CUUAAAUGCAUGAUUUGAAUAUUUUGUGCACCUUUAGAUAGAUUUGAUGUUGUCACAGCUUUUGUAUAUUGUGCUUUACAGAGGGUAUCAGGAUUAGAGAACCUGCAGGUUCAAGUGAAUCAACUCAAAGCAAAUGUUGGCAUGGGCAACAUUUAUACUGGUCAGCCAGAUUAUCGUCAAGAAAAUGACCUUGACACUGGCUUAGGGUCAUGGGAUGACCCUACACCCAAUACUAGCUCUAGUAAAAACCCUAGUUCUAGUGCAGACCAACACCCAACUACAUCUCGGGGUGAUGGAAAAGACAGCAACACACAAAUGGGGACAAUUCCUGAAGGUGGGGAAACCAGUAGAAAGACGCCAGUCUCUCCCAGCAGAGGGGGUAAGACAAAAACUCCAACCAAUAGCCGAACAGUAACACCUUCUAAGAGUAGAAAUGUCACCCCCACUCAAUCACGAAAUAACACACCAACACAACCCUCUAGAAAUGUUACACCUAACACAAAUCGAAAGAAGAGUCCAGCUCCAUCUACUGGUAAAGAUGGUAGCAAUACCAACCGGGAUGGAAACCAGGCCAAUAGUCAAGAUGGGAACCAAGCAACACAAAAUGGAGACCAGACAACCAAUAGUUUAGCAGAUGUAUAGACUGUUGUAGUGAUGGUCAAAGUGGAAAUCCAGGUUAACAUAUAUUCUUUGGAAAGUCCGACAGCAAAAGGCAAAUUCAAAUACACAUGGACAGUCAUCAUCUGGCGUGAAUUCAUCAGAAUCUGAUCCAUAUAGAACUACUUGGUAGAAACAUUGUUUCAUUUUCUGACGGACGUCGCAAAAGGAAUAGCUACUUUAAUUACACAAGACAUUAUUUCUAGGAAUCUAUGUAACAUCGCAAAUUGUUUGAUUAUUUCAUAUACAUGUACUUGUUCAUUCCAUUUGAGUCGUUUACUGUGCUGUACAAAGUUGACGAUACACUAAAUUACUGUUGUAGUCUCGUGAUGAAAGUAUAAUAUCCCAAUUCACAGUGCUUUUGCAAUUUCAUUUGACAUAACUAAUUCUUUAUUGGUUUGUUGGACAGAGAUCUAGAUGCCUUAAUGAUCAUUGCACUAUACCUAGACGACUGUUCUUGUACGUAGUUUUAGGGUGAAUUUUAUCAAAAAUCCCUGCAACGAAUGUUCUAUUGAUCUUCCAUUUUGAGAAGAAUAUAAACUUUUUAUGACAGUCUUACAGUUUCAUUUCUCUAUGAAACUCACUGUAUACUGUAUAAAGUCUUUGUAAGUAACUAAACUACAUAUUUUAAGAAUUUAUUUUACCAAACAGAAACACAUAACUUGCAAAAACCAGCGUGUAUUGCCAAUAUAAUAUCAUAACCCUCAAAACAAAAUUAAAUAGAUAUCAUGUAAUAUAUCAGUUAAAAUUUAAUAUCCCACACGUAUUUCAAUGACAUUUAAUGGAAUUUUGUUCAGAUAUGUUUAGAAUAUAACACAGAUUGCAUCUUGGUUGCAUGGUGCACACACGUGUAGCACAAGUAGGGACGAUUUUUCUCCUCUAAAAGCAACUCUGUACAGUAGGUGUACAAAUUACAUGUAGAUGUACAAAUAACAAGAGCGUUCUUGUAUUUUAGCUUC